AUGAGGAGAGGCUGCUGGCAGGCACGGGCAGCAACGGGCGGCAACAGGCAGCACAGGUACGGGCAGCAACGGGCGGCAACGGGCAGCGCAGGCACGGGCAGCAACGGGCGGCAACGGGCGGCACAGGCACGGGCAGCAACGGGCGGCAACAGGCAGCACAGGCACGGGCAGCAACGGGCGGCAACAGGCAGCACAGGCACGGGCAGCAACGGGCAGCACAGGCACGGGCAACAACGGGCGGCAACGGGCAGCACAGGCACGGGCAGCAACAGGCCGCAACAGGCAGCACAAGCACACGCAGCAACAGGCAGCACAGGCACGGGCAGCAACAGGCAGCAACGGGCAGCACAGGCACGGGCAGCAACGGGCGGCAACGGGCAGCACAGGCACGGGCAGCAACGGGGCGGCAACGGGCAGCACAGGCACGGGCAGCAACAGGCAGCAACGGGCAGCAUAGGCACGGGCAGCAACGGGCGGCAACAGGCAGCACAGACACGGGCAGCAACGGGCAGCACAGGCACGGGCAGCAACAGGCGGCAACGGGCAGCACAGGUACGGGCGGCAACAGGCAGCACAGGCACGGGCAGCAACAGGCAGCAACGGGCAGCACAGGCACGGGCAGCAACGGGCGGCAACAGGCAGCGCAGGCACGGGCAGCAACGGGCGGCAACGGGCGGCACAGGCACGGGCAGCAACGGGCGGCAACAGGCAGCACAGGCAUGGGCAGCAACGGGCGGCAACAAGCAGCACAGGCACGGGCAGCAACGGGCAGCACAGGCACGGGCAGCAAUAGGCGGCAACGGGCAGCACAGGCACGGGCAACAACAGGCAGCAACAGGCAGCACAGGCACAGGCAGCAACAGGCAGCAACGGGCAGCACAGGCACGGGCAGCAACAGGCAGCAACGGGCAGUACAGGCACGGGCAGCAACGGGCGGCAACAAGAAGCACAGGCACGGGCAGCAACAGGCAGCAACGGGCAGCACAGGCACGGGCAGCAACAGGCAGCAACGGGCAGCACAGGCACGGGCAGCAACGGGCGGCAACAGGCAGCACAGAUACGGGCAGCAACGGGCAGCAACGGGCAGCACAGGCACGGGCAGCAACAGGCGGCAACGGGCAGCACAGGCACGGGCAGCAACGGGCGGCAACAGGCAGCACAGGCACGGGCAGCAACAGGCAGCAACGGGCAGCACAGGCACGGGCAGCAACGGGCGGCAACAGGCAGCGCAGGCACGGGCAGCAACGGGCGGCAACAGGCGGCACAGGCACGGGCAGCAACGGGCGGCAACAGGCAGCACAGGCACGGGCAGCAACGGGCGGCAACAGGCAGCACAGGCACGGGCAGCAACGGGCAGCACAGGCACGGGCAGCAACGGGCGGCAACGGGCAGCACAGGCACGGGUAA